UCUCUAUCUGUCUGCUUCUCCGACUCGAAAAUGGAACCCUCUCUAGUUCUGAGGCGGUUGCACGUCUUUCAUCUCCUCGUCGCUGCUGCUUUAUUGUCGGCUGCGACGCUAUCUUUAGGGAAAUACGUGAAGGGCAACCUCAACACUAAAGAGGACUGGGUAUUCCUGACCCGGUUUUGCUUCCUGACGGAUUUCGGACGCCUAGAAUUCCGGUUCAGGUAUCCGGAGUCUCGGUGCUGUCAGAAUAUCCUGUUGUACUUCGAUGACAGCACACAGUGGCCAGCCGUCUAUAAGAAAAACAACCAGGUGAGAGAGAGCGAGAGCGAGAGUGUGAGAGCGAGAGUGUCCCUGCAGGUGGAGGAGGGGUCUCGCUACCUGACCUGUCUGGGGGGGCGGAGUUUCAGGUCGGUGCGGGAACGCUGGUGGUACAUUGCGCUGAGCAAGUGUGGGGGGGAUGGUCUGGAGUUGGAGUACGAGAUGAAACUGACUAACGGAAACUCGUUCUGGACAAAACACUUCUCAGCAGACGAGUUUGGGAUCCUGGAGACUGACAUCACCUUCCUCAUCAUCUUCACCGGGGUCUUCAUCCUCUCCUGCUGACUUCGCCUGUGAGCAUCGAGCCUGAGUGUGUAUAUCCUGAAGGGGAGGCAGCUCCUUCACACGACCUACAAGAUGUUCAUGACAGCGGCCGGAGUGGAGGCUCUCAGUCUGAUGCUGUUCUGUAUCUACUGGGGUUUGUACGCCAACGAUGGGGUCGGAAACAGCAGCCUCAAGAUGCUGGCUAAGCUCUUGUUCUCCGUCAGUUUCCUCAUCUUCCUGCUGCUGCUCAUUCUGCUGGGGAAAGGAUUCACAGUCACCAGGGGUCGCAUCAGUCACAGUGGCUCAGUGAAGCUGUCAGUCUACAUGACCCUCUAUACCAUCACACACGUCAUCCUGUUUAUCUCCGAGGCUGAGGUAAGCAUUGCUGUAGUUCUGUACAGGGUUUUAUAUCAGUGUUAUACAGUGCGGUCCUGUCAGCAUUGCCCUGUGUACAGCACAGCACAGCGAGGCUCUGCCCAGCACACAGCAGGCACUGCCAGCACACUGGAUCAGCACUUUAUAUAUCGAGCAGCCCUCAAGUCGUAUCAAGCCGACGGAUGCACCUGGUUCUGCUACGCCGUUCUCGUCACUCUGAAGCGUUACCCUGAAAAGCAGGCUUUCUAUGUCCCUUUCUUCGCUGCCUACACACUCUGGUUCUUCGCGGUCCCGGUCAUGGCUCUCAUCGCUAACUUCGGCAUUCCCAAGUGGGCUCGGGAGAAGAUUGUGAACGGGAUUCAGCUGGGAAUUCACCUGUACGCCCACAUGGUAUUCCUGAUAAUCACGCGCCCCUCCGCUGCCAAUAGGAACUUCCCGUACCACGUGCGGACCUCGCAGAUCGGGAUCGUGGAGAGCCCAGGUGUGACCUUCCCUCACCACGCCUACGGAAACGUGACCUUCAUCAGCGACUCGGUGCCCAACUUCACCGAGCUCUUCUCCAUCCCCUCCGGCAACGGAGCUCCCCCUAGCGCCGGGAACGAGAAGGCUGUUGAGGAGACAGUGGGCCCGAAGGGUCAAUCCCAGAGCCGGAUCAUCACCACCACGGCUGAGCUGAGCGGCCCUGUGCCCCUCCCCUCCUCCGCCCCCCUCCCUCCGAGGAACGUCGAGGGAGGCGGGGGGGCGGGCGAGUGA